UGGAACUUAAAUGCCAAGCACAAGGAAACCCACAACCGGUUGUCAUUUGGAAAAAGGAUGGAGUGGAGUUAACCAAUAGCAGCAGGCCUAAUGCCAGAUGGCUCCCUGCUCAUUGAAGCUCCGCAGGAGACAGACUCUGGACUCUACACAUGCAAAGCCACAAAUCACCUGGGCUUCACUUCACUGUCAUCUCAAGUGCAAAUAACAGAAAGUGGCUGUGUAAAUGGAGCUGAUGAAAAUAACACCUCCUCAUGCACAGACAGCUUGCAGCUGCCGUACUCCUGCCAUGGGCAACACUGCCGCCACAGAUGGCAGGUGUCCUCCUGGUCCUCCUGCUCUGCUGACUGUGGUGGUGGGCUACAGACCCGCAGUGUGACAUGUUUAGGUGUUGCAGAAGGAGCGGAGACAUGUAUGGGUGCUGGUAGGAGACCAGUGGACAGCAGGGCUUGUAACAUUCAACCCUGCGUUGCCUGGAUAACAAGAGCAUGGGGUCCUUGUAAUGGACAGUGUGUUGGACCACAGCUUGCCCUCCAGCACAGACACGUGUUCUGCCAGGACAAAAACAGCACCAGACUGCAGCAUCGGAUGUGCAGCAGUCAGCCAAGACCAACCUCUCAUCGAAACUGCACUACAGAGGCCUGUGCUCUGCACUGGAGAGUCGGCCCAUGGACGCAGUGCACAGCUACGUGUGGUCGCCACGGUUUUCAGUCACGUCACGUGAUGUGUGUGCACCGGCGCAGCGGUAAACCAGCUCGAGAGUUGCACUGUGCAUGGAGGCCUCGACCUGCGAGCUGGCAGCGCUGCAAUAUUCUGUCCUGUGGAAGAGGUGAAUGUCGGGACAGCACCAGGUACUGCGAGAAGGUGCGACAGCUGGAGUUGUGUCCUCUCCCCCAGUUUAAAGCACGCUGCUGUCGGUCCUGCAGAGACACCUGAGGCUCUUAACAGGACAAAAUACAAGAAGAGACAGAAAUAGAGACUAAUCCAGAGAACUCCUCCAUCAUACCCACUACACAACCUGAAACACAUGACCCGUCUCCAAGGGCCAGGGUCUGAAGGUUUACGGACACUGGGAUUGAAGGAUGUCUGAGUCUGGCAGUGAUUAGAUCCAUUCAGCCCCAUGAAGGGAACCAAUGGGGACUGGAAUAUAGACUGGACGCAAAUUAUUAUUUUAAUAUUAAUAUACGUUUACCUUAAUUUGACUUCAAUGAAGGCUUUAAUUUAGGUAUAUUUUGUUUUCCUUUUUUUGUUUGAUGUUUUAUUAUUUUUUUGCAUUGACUGCUUUUCUGAUGGUCCAGAGAGAUGUGAGACUUGUGAGACUGUUGAAAUUCACUGGAUUGCACUCCAUCCCCAUACAACCAACAUGAACUCUUGAACUCUAAUCCCAAAGUAAUGCACAGGAUGGUUUGCUGAAACAUCGGACUUUAUUUUGCUCAGUUAAAAACAUUUUUUUUUUUACAUCAAAAUUGAGUCAUCCUUCAAUAUUUAAAGCUCUUGAUUUUAGACUUGCGGUGAAAAAUCUAAGCUAAGGUUUAGACUGUGUUGAAUUUAAAACAGCAGUGUAGAUUUGCAGGAUUCUUAUGUGCAGUCUUACUAAAAAAACAAAUGAUCUCAAGGCCCAGUAUUAAAAAUUAGAUUUCACUUAAUAGUGGAUGGGAACCCUUAUAGUUUUGCACUUGUGACUUCCAGGUCCAUGUUUAAAUGUGGCUUGAUUAUUAAUAUUAUCGUUAUUAAUAUUAUUUGUACUUUUAAAACUUUUGUUUGUAUUUUUAUGUCACUAUUUUACAGAUUGUCAGGAUGUCCUCCAUUUUUCCACCUAAGAAUUAACCACUUUUCAGAAUAGAACAGUUCUUCUAGUAUUUCACUUCCCUGUGUUAGUAUGACUAUUUGAUAAUAUCUGAAGUCAGACAUAUUUACAUACAACUAGUUUUGUUGCAAUCCACAAAUACUGAAAAGGGGAAUUACCUCCUGCUUACUAAAGGUCACUUACUAAAUGUUGCCCACUUUAAAGGGUUUUCAGCAUCUUUGUUGGCAAUUACAUCAGAAUUGUUCAAUGUUUAAAGGGGCCAUAUCCUACAACUCAUUGUAUUUUAUUUUAUUUGUUUGUCUGUAAAGUUCACUUCUGAGGUUUAUGUGGGAUUAUGUAUGAAACACUAGUUAUUCAUUUGUCUUAAUAUUUUCGCACUAUAAGGCACACCAGAUUAUAAUGCUCAUUAUGCGAUAUUAGUAAGGAUCAGGGGUGUCACCAUGUUUCCCUUUUAAUCCUGCAGGUCUUGCCACUUGCCGUUAAGUAAAGCUAAGUUAAGUAAACAAAAAUGUAAUUAAAAAAAAAUACGAGUGAGUAAAGCGCUUCCGUUUAUUUACAGUAAACAUAGAUUUUCAGAUUUCCUACUAAGGCUGGGUGCAGCAGCAUUAACCGCUAGUGCUAGCUGCGGUCAGUAGCUAAUGCUGCCCAACAGAGCUACUCUGAGCAACCCUCAGUGUUCCGGUAAACCAGGGUGAUAUUAGCUAGCGGUUCAUUCCACGUAGCUUGUUUUAACACAGUAAAAGCACAGGCUACAGGCCAGUAACACUCACCUCUGAACAGCAAAAGAGCUAGCGCUUAGCAUGGUUAACAGCUAAUGCUAAUUCAGCUCCAGCAGUGCUAGCUGGGGUUAGCAGCAGGCCACAGGCCGAUUAUACUCACCUCUGAAUGGCAAACGAGCCAGGGCUUAGCGCGGUUACUAAAACUCCAGUAUGAAGCUGUACUUUAGCGGAGAGGCUUUACUGCUCCUUACGACCUGACAGGUAAAAUUUAUACAUAAGGCGCACCAGAUUAUAAGGCGCACUCAUGAUUUGGGGGAAAAUAAAAGGAUUUUAAGUGUGCCUUAUAGUGCAAAAAAAAAUGUUCAAAGUCAAGACCCUCAGACUAUUGCCUUUUUUUCCUGCAGGGCCCCAUGAUUAGUAAGGCUGUAUUGUACUGUUCCUCCCUGGAGAAUGUAACCCAUUAGACUGGUUACAGUUUCUUUUUCCAUUUGCUGUGUUGCUAAAUCAGGAAUAGGAAGUAGAUGACAUCUCAUAAUAACAAAAGCUGUUAUCAAAUGUAUCACAUUCCUGUUCUGAUUUCACAAAAGGAUUAAUCCUCCGCAAAACAGAUCAUAAUACCUAACUGUGAGGAUUUAUGACAGCAUAAGACCUCGUCCAACAUAUCAACAACAGCGUUAGCACGCUGGCUACCAACCUCACAUUACAAUAUUACCGUGGGUUUAACACACUGGCUGCCAGCCUAAUUUAAAAUCCCGAUCCGGCUUGUUCAACAUCCCUUCUGCAGCAUUAGCACACAGGUUUGGUUAGCUAACCGUGCUAAGAAAACCAAGCCCAGUCAGAUUUGUAAGCAUUCCAUGAUAAACCAAGUCUGUUUGUUUAGAAAAGCUACUGCAAUCUCUUUUAGCUCUGCAGUGGAACAGCAGCAUUUCACACCCAGUAACUUCAAUAUCAUUCAGUGAGUUAGUGGGUUAAAUCACUGUAAGGAAGUGAGAGAAAGAGAAAUGGGUACAUAUAGAGGAAUUCAGGAUGUUUAAAAGAAGGUUUGUGGUAUUUUUGGGUGAAUAUCAUUUUUUGAAUCUAGUUAAGUGGAUAAACAGCGUAUUCUAUGUAGAGAUACAUAAGAGGAUAGAAUUCAGUUGCUCUCAAUCUGAGAAGUAAAAUGAGGUAUAAUUGAAAAAUUGUAAAAUUGCAUUGUGUUUGAGGCUGUAAUGACAGAUGUACUGAAGUAAAGAGUGCGGUGUUGGUUUCUCUCAUUUUCCUGUUUCUAAAAGUAGCAAAACUUUUUUUUUUUGAAAAAAAACUUUUUUUUUUUUACAUAGUUCCUCGGAUUUCACUUUGCUUUCAAAGUUUGUUUUAUAUGAUAUGGACCCUUUAAGCAAACCCCUACGUUCUGUAAAUACUGCUGAAAAUACUUCUUUUUGGGAGGAGCGAGUGUUUUUAUUUUUUUACUUGUUUCUUUUUUUUUUUACAUUGCUAGCUGUCUUAUAGAACUAUUUAUUACUUUGUUUCAUUUGUACAAGUGCAAUUGGUCUGUAAAUGGAAAUUGUGAUGUUGUUUAUGCACUUUUUUUGUCUGUUUAAUUUGUAGAAAAACAAGUGCAUGCAAACCUAUGCUCCAGCUGAGAUGUUCUGUUCCAGCGUUUUUUGUUUUUUUUGUUAGUAACAGGUUGUCUUUUAAAAUAAUAAAGUGUGCAUUACAUUCUUCCACUGCUGCAACUGUAUAUGUGGUUUAGCGUUAUCAUAGAGGGAAUGUUUGUGUGGAAAGGAAAGCAGUUUUAUGGUCAGUUCCUUUUUGAAUAAACAAUAAAUCAUACUUCUGUGACACCCUG